GUGACUAAAAACAGAACUCUCCUCGUUGAUGAUUGUUUGUUGAUGACUUUUGGAUCUGAUGAGACAAACUACACGACAACGAUAGCUCAGAUGAAUUUGCUGGUGCUCUCUUCGUUCGUUCGUGUCGCUGAUGCUGCAUGCAAUACGGUACAGUUCAACCAAUCAAUCACCAAUCAACUUGUCGCCAAAAAACUGCUUCCUUUCUUGUUCUUUCUUUCGUCCUCUUCUUCUCGUUCAUCCACUUUUUGUCACCACCGGCUUUCCAGAGACGCUGCUAGCUAGCUAGCUACUAGUAGUGAGCACUCGUGGAGGAGCUAAAGUGAUGAAGAUGAGGAUGAUACUAGCUAGGAGGCAACCAAUGUCAAUACAAAUAAUAAUGAUCGCGGAGGUUGAUGGGUUGGGGUCUUCUGGUUUCAAGACAAGAACAACGUGGUGACCUGUCGAGCAAGAAUUGACGAGUGGCAUUAUGUAGCCGUAACUCUAAUGAGCUCAAAAAGGUUAGAGUUUACCUUGCCAAAACACAUGAACUUUCGCACUUCUACAAACGGCCAAAUGGCUUGACUUUUGCGGGAUCCCUCCCUGGAAACUGAAUUGGGUGGAUCUCCUCUCAUCUUUCCCUCUGCUCUGUCCUUUACUCUACCAAACCUUGACCAUGGCGACCCCCAGCACCUUACCAACAACAGCACCAACCAGCAGCGGCAGUAACAAAGGCCCACCUGUGAAUGGGAGUGAUGCCGUGCAUCUGCACCAUGAGUCGAGCUUGGCACCCUUCAAUCCGACCUGUGAUCAAGCAUCGGAGACGGCUCGCAAGAUGCUCCAGUUGAAAGACACAGAUGUCUUGUUUGAUUUGGGAUGUGGUGAUGCUCGUAUGCUUCUUCAUGCGGCUGCCAUGACACCUGGGCUCUUGUGUGUGGGAAUCGAAUUGGAUCCUGUCUUUGUGCAGAGAGGUCGUGAGGCACUGAAACAGUUACCCGAAGAUGUGCAACGACGUGUGGAUAUCCGACAAGGGGAUUUAUUGCAGUUGCUCAAGGAUUACCAAGAGGGAAAAGAAGAAGACGCAACCACAGCCAAACAGGAAGAGGAUUCGACUGGUAUUCUGGGAGAGGACUGUCGUGGUCUGAGUUUAUUCCGUAAUGCUACAGCCUUGUACAUGUUCUUGUUGCCCAAAGGAAUCAAGAAAAUCCAACCGUUAUUGAAUGCAUUGGCCCAACACUGUGGAAACGACAACAAUCGAAAUUUCAGAGUGGUAAACUACAUGUUCUCUGUGAGGGAAUGGGAACCUACAAUGGUGGAUAAGACCACCAAGGGGGAUGCUCCAAUCUAUCUCUACAACAAAUUUGGCAACAACAAGAAAGACAACGAGUAGAAGGAAUCAAUCGAAUGACGACCGUUCGUGGGUCAAAGAAUACUGAUAGAGAAAGCGAGCUGUAUGAGUGGUGCAGGGAUGUCGAAUGCGAUCGGGCCGAACGAGGAAAGAACAAAGACUCGGAAUAGAAUUCUAGCUAGCCUAGCUAGGGGUUAAAAACAGGCGACAAUACGUAGGCAAUGGUUUUGCUGGG